AUGCGACAGGAGAAUGGUGCUAUAGCAGCUACAGCAGCCGCUGGUGGUGCUUUCAAGAGAGCAGCCGGCAUGCUGCUCGCCGGCGUAGGCGCAAGCACAGCGGGCGGUGUCGGAACAUGGUACACGAUGCACUCCAACGGCAUGGGCUUUCACUCUGACGAAGAGAGCCUGCGACGCUUUGUUGCUAACCACGAAGAAGCAAGAAUGGUGGAGGAAACCAUUAACAACCACCCGCUCGUCGCAGAGCUUCGCGCAAACCCCGAACUCACCGAAUCGCGACCACACAUGAAGAUGCCUGGAUCAUACCGAAGUCGAAGCCUGACUGGCGGAGCCCUCAUCGGUGAAGGAAAGAUGCCAGUGCCGCCUUAUGCGUGGGUUGCGCCUGAAGGCAAACAGCUUGUGUCGGUGGCAUACGUUGGAGAGGACCUGUGUGGCCAUCCUGGUAUCGUACACGGCGGGUUCCUGGCGACCAUGCUUGAUGAGGGUCUCGGACGCUGCUCUUUCGGUGCGCUACCUCAUAACAUCGCUGUGACGGCAAACCUCAACGUCGACUACCGCAAGCCGACACCAGCGGGAAGCUUCUUGGUUCUGCGAGCAGAGACAUACAAGGUGGAAGGUCGCAAGGCCUGGGUUAGAGGACAUAUCGAAUUGCUGGCCAACCCAGGAGAGAAGCCAACAAUAGUGGCUGAAGCGCAAGCGCUAUUCAUCUCACCCAAGUAUGCUGCGGUGAUGCCCAAAAUUGGUUAA